UGCAAAGGCGUGCAAGACAAAUUCUUUUUUUUCUCUCUCCCUCGCAAGGACAUUCGUCCUUCCGCUCCCCGCGUGCAGGCUCAGCGUGACCUCCAUCUUGCCGCAUGCAUCUCGGGAUUGACUUGUGCUCUCCUCCUCUUCUCUGCGCAUCCCUCCUGUGCUCCUCUUCUCCCCCUCAAGGUGUCAUGAAUAUGGAGCGGAUCUCCGAGGCUCCCCCGCGCCGCGACGCGCAGAUUCCGGCGUUCCACGUGCAGCCCAGAAGCUCCAACGCGUCCAGCGUCAGCACGUCCGGCAGGACUUUGGAGAACUCCAGCAGCGAGUCUUCAGACGCCGAGCUGGCAGAGAAAGAGCGCGCCGAGCACCGCAGGAGCGACGACGUGAGCGCCGACGAUCCCAAGAAGAAGAAACAGCGGCGGCAGAGGACUCACUUCACCAGCCAGCAGCUGCAGGAGCUGGAGGCCACCUUCCAGCGGAACCGAUACCCGGACAUGAGCACCCGGGAGGAGAUCGCCGUGUGGACUAACCUGACCGAGGCCAGAGUCCGGGUGUGGUUCAAGAACCGCCGAGCCAAGUGGCGGAAGCGUGAGCGAAACCAGCAAAUGGACCUGUGCAAGAACAGCUACCUGCCGCAGUUCAGCGGGCUGAUGCAACCCUACGACGACAUGUACCCGGCCUACACCUACAACAACUGGACCAACAAGGGCCUGGGCCCGGCGCCGCUGUCCACCAAGAACUUCCCCUUCUUCAACUCCAUGAGUCCGCUGACUUCUUCUCAGUCCAUGUCCAUGUUCUCGUCGUCGCCCAGCUCCAUCUCGUCCAUGAGCAUGGCGUCCGGCAUGGCCCACUCGGCGGUGCCGGCCAUGGCGGCCCCGGGCCUCAACAACAUCGGCAACCUGAACGGGAUCGGAAGCUCCGGCAUCAACUCGCCCAUGUCGUCGCCGGCGUGUCCCUACGGACCCCCGGGUUCUCCCUACAGCGUGUACCGGGACACUUGCAACCCGGGCCUGGCCACCCUCAGACUCAAGUCCAAGCAGCACCCCACCUUCGGCUACAGCGGCCUGCAGAGUCCGGGAUCCGGUCUCAACGCUUGUCAGUACAACAGCUGACCCCCCACGGAGCCGGAACACGCCCGAGUGUGACUGGACCCGCCCUGUCAGGUUCGGGGUCUUCUUUUUUUUUUUUUUUUUGAAGACAACUCAAGUGGAUUAUGUUGCAAUGUUUGGAUCAUGCGGGUUUUCAUGUGACUGCAGCCUCCUCGUGCGUACGUGUAAAUAUAGAAAUAUCCUCCUUCCGCGCAUAUACACACACAUACACAUAUACAUAUACAUAUAAACACAUAUUUACAACAUAUACAACAUUUCCUUCUCUGCUUGCUUCUCAACACUAAGAAAAAAAGCAUAUGUUAUGUUGUACAUACUGUAAUCUAUACCGCUUGCGUGUCCAGUCUUGAUUUCUUGAAAAAGUUGAAGCAGCAGCCGGCGGGAAGGAAAAUAUCGUGUAUUUUAUUUUAUUUUUUCGGGGGGAUGAAUAAUAGUCCAAUCCUGCACGUGUCCGUUACUAUUUGUAUUUAAAAAAAAACAAAAAAAAAACAAACAAACAAAAAAAAAGGUUGUUGUUAUGUUUUGUUUGAUUAAAGUGCAACAAAAGAAUGUUUACAUCAAAGUGUUGCCCCCCCAACAAAUAAAUAUACUGUAGAUACAUUUACAUCACUUUUGUUUCAGCUUUUUGCACUGAAAAGAUUUCAAAUACAAUACAAAUAUUUAGACACGAAAGAGUGAAAACACUGCAAACAUUCAUAUCUUAUACUGACUGAUACUGUAUGUAUGAUAGAGUACUGCACAUGUACAGUAUCACAUGAUGUUGUGUGUUUUAGCUGAUAUGCAGGAUGGGAGUCGAGGUUUAUUAAUAAAGUGUAGAGUAAUAAAAGUCAUUUUGGGAGCAUGACACAUCCAUCCAGCACUGAUUUCAGCAUUUCUAAACAGUUUUUGGAAUACAAACUUCACCUUUCGAAGGUCAUAUUCAGCUUUUACAAAUGAUUAUGUCAGGAAACUAAAUGUCAUAGAAAUAUUCCACAAGCCUUGCCGCCUCAUUUCACACAAUAUUUUAAAGCAUACGCAUUCCGUUUUGUCUGAAACUUUCAAGCUUCAUUAUUUUUCUAAUUGACUUCAUUUCCUUUGACUAUGUCAAUAAGACAUCUCAUUGCUUUCAGGGUGGGGAUUUAUAUUAGCAUUAAUAUUCUCCCUAACAGAAUUCUUAUCAAUCAUUAUUCAUAAUUAUUCUAAUGCUUCGCUUUAUUUGUUAUGACAAAGUGACAUUCUCACAUGAUGUGUAGUUCAACAUGUCUGAAAAGGAGUAGGAAGAUGCAGAGCUUAUUUUAUCCUACCUCCACGCUACGUGUCUCAUAUUCUAAAUCAUUUCAUCCUGCUUACAGUGGUGUGAAAAUUGAUUAUUAUUGAUUUCUUUAUUUUUUGCACGUUUGUCACACUUAAAUGUUUCAGAUCAUUGAACAAAUGUAAAUAUUAGUCAAUGACAAAACAACUGAACACAAAAUGCCGUUUUUAAAUGAAACCUUUUAUUAUUAAGGGAGAAAAAAAUCCAAAGCAACAUGUCCCUGUGUGAAAAAGUGAUUGCCCCCUAAACCUAAUAACUGGUUGGGCCCCCCUUAGCAGCAACAACUG